AUGUGUCUCGUCAAUGAUAUAUCGUUGGAAAUCACUGUCGUUAAUAGUGGCUCCGAGACUGUGACCGUACAGUCACGGGGCCAGCAGAAGUUCCUCGCCCCAUGGGGUCCUUCAGCUACCGAAACGAAUACCCUCGACGGUCGCCGCAGGGUCAUUGAUCAGUCAGAGCUGAAUCGUCUGCCCACAUCAAGUUUUCUCAUCGUCAAUGCCGCGACUGGUAAAAUGAUGCACAGGCAACAGACCAGCAUCUGCCAAUUGCGGCAUGCGAAAACCGACCUGAGAGCCAAGAUGGAUGAGUUGGUCACUUUGAAACCUGGAAUCCCAUUACGCCCUGCUGCCCCGCUACUCCGUCGCGGAAUCGCGCUUCCAGCUGAGCAGCCACGACUGAGGCUGGGAUCCAUUGCGCCUAACUUCCAGGCGAAGACCACCCAUGGCGACAUGGACUUCCACAAGUUCUUGGACAACAAGUGGACUAUCCUCUUCAGCCACCCUGCCGACUUCACACCCGUGUGUACGACUGAGCUUGGAGCCUUUGCGAAGCUCAAGGAUGAAUUCGAUGCGCGAGGCGUCCAGAUGAUUGGCUUGAGCGCCAACGACCUGAGCUCUCACGACCAGUGGAUUGCCGAUAUCAACGAGACCUCCAACACCACCGUGCAGUUUCCCAUCAUCGCCGAUGCCGACCGCCACGUCGCUUUCCUCUACGAUAUGAUCUCGCAAGACGACCUCGAUGCGCUCCAGAAGAACGGCGGCAUUGCCUUCACCAUCCGCUCGGUAUUCAUCAUCGAUCCAGCGAAGAAGAUCCGUCUUACAAUGUCAUACCCCGCGAGCACCGGCAGGAACACCGCGGAGGUACUGAGAGUCAUCGACAGCUUGCAGACAGGAGACAAGAAGGGCAUCGCUACACCCAUUGACUGGCAGAAGGGCCAAGACGUCAUCGUGCCACCCAGCGUCAGCACUGAGGAUGCCAGGAAGAAGUUUGGUGAUGUCAGGGAGGUCAAGAAGUACCUGCGCUUCACUAACGUCGGGCAAUAG